UUCACAUUACUACUUAGAACCAAUAUCAGACUUAAAUCCUUUAAUUGGAACUUGAUAAUUUUCUUUGAAUUUUUUUAAAUCGUUCGUGUUACACAACCAUUGCAGAUAGUUCCUCAUGACUUGGGACUUCCUAACCUUCAUACGCGGUGUCAGCGAGUUUAGCGCCACAGCUUUAUUGAUGUUGUUUGGUUGCAUGGGCGAUGCGAUGAACCAAGGUGGCGAGAACAGAUCCUUGGUGGCCAGCGUUCACUACGGACUGGCGGUGAUGGUGGUGAUGCACGUUUUUGGCUUCGUAUCCGGGGCCCAUGCCAAUCCCUGCAUCUCAAUCUCGUGCUAUUUCAUGGGCUACAUCGCCUCCGAGAUGAUGGUGAUGUAUGUGGUCUGCCAGGUGACCGGUGGGUUCUUUGGCUACUUCCUGCUGCUCCAACUGCUGCCCAAGGAUGUGGUGGACAACAGCAAGCCAGCAGUUUGCCUAAUGGAACCGCUGCACAGUCUAUCUGGCUACCAGAUUGUGGCCAUCGAAUGCCUACUCACCGCAAUCUUUGUGCUCGGAUGGUGCGCCUUGUGGGAUGUGCGAAAUGGACGCUUCCUGGACUCGGUCACCAUUCGAAUGGGUCUCCUCGUGGUCGCUUGCAGUUUGGCUGGGGGUCAAUUAACUGGAGCCUCCAUGAACCCGACCAGGACACUUGUGCCCGCCAUUUUCCACGGAAAACUGGACUCGGUGGUAUUGCUGCUAACUGGCCAGAUCUUGGCCGCCAUCAUGGUACCCUUUAUCUGGAGUAAUGCGUUUACGCCGCGCUAUAAGCCCUUGGAAAUCCCCAUUUGCACCGGAAUAAACUAGGGCUCUAAACCCCGUGAACGACAAUAAACGUGAGCUCGGCAUU